GAGGGCGAGGCAGCGAUGAUGGAUGACCGGCGCACGUGGCUGCGGUGGCCCGGGGCGGACAAGGUGGGGCGCGCGUACUGGGCGGACCUGAGGGUGGAGGGGUUCGAGGCACACGUGGAGGAGGCGAGGCGGCCGAAACUGGCGUAUGACCGAUCGAUGCUGCACAUCCUGCACCAGUUUGGCAUCAUGUCGGAGGCGGAGGUGGUGUCAGGCAGCCUGCUGCACGUGGCUCACAGGGGCGGGCGGCGGGAUGAGGCGGUGAGGGAGCACAUGCGCAACAUGUUUGUCAACCUGCGGCAGCACUACCACCGCGUGCUCGUGUACGGGGCGGAGCACGGGGGGGAGGACAACGAGGACGACCACACUGAUUCCUCGCUGCCUUCUCGCUUCCCUCAGCGGCACCCGAGAGAGCCCCGGCAGCAGCUCGCUUCGCCGGUUUCAAAUGAGGCUAAUCGCCUUGAUAUUUCUUUGAUUCGAGCCCGCGCCUUCGCCUGGUACCAUGUGUGCUACCAUCCCAUGGAGAUUGAUCGCGUGCAGGAGGAGGCACACAACUUCGGCCUAGUUGUGGCGCCAAUAUUUCUGAGCUUUGCGUGGAUUGGAGUGGAUGCGUUAUGCCAACACUUGAUGUUGGAAUGAGCCUUUAGAGCAUUUGUCGCAUCAACUCAAUACAUACAUUUGCAUGUAGAAGUUAUAGGCUAGAAUAGGUGUGUUCUUAGAGAGUACAACCCAAGUCCUAUAUCUCUCUUGUUCUCUUCUUUCUAUUCAUU